CCUGUGUCUUUGGCUGCUCCCAGCCAGUCCUCUCAUAUUCUCACUAGUACUACUGUGCAGCUUCACAUAAACAGAACAAAAUGCUCAGCUGGCCCGACGGUAGCCGAGAGCUGUAACUUCGUGACAGUCUCAGAGCUUCUUCACUAGCAUGCUCAUCUUUACUUUAUGAACGUUUAGGAACCGCCACAGCCAAACAAUGAGAGACAUCCUUAAGAGGAAGUUUGCAGAAGUAGAGGAAAAUCCCUGCUACUCCCCUCCCUCCUCCUCCUUCUCCUCCUCCUCCUCUUCUUCUGCUUCUCCAUCUUCCCUCUCCUCUCCUGCCUCCUCCGAGUGGGAGUCGGACGGGGAGGGAAGCUCCUCCGAGAACCACGACUUCACACCUCACAGUCCUGCGUCAGCCUCCGGAUCGCCCAUUUGGCCCAUCCUGAAGAAGCCGAAGCUCUCAAAAAGGCCGAACAGCGUGCGCUUCGACCAGGUGACGGUGUUCAGCUUCCCCCGCUGCCAGGGCUUCACCAGCGUACCCAGUAGAGGAGGUGCCACCCUGGGCAUGGUGCGCAAACACAGCGCCCUCCGAAGGUACACCGUGGACGAGCAUGCAGUGGAGCAGCGCAGCAGGCGCAGAGAGAGGCACAGGGAGAAACUAAUUCAAGAGAGAUUUGAGGCACUAAAACACCAACUAAUCAUAAGCGGAGCCGUCGACCAAAGCGAAGCGGAGAAGCUGACAACGGAUCAAGUUCUGGGUGGAGACCCUGACAUUCAUGUUAGUGAGUCGGAUUUGGAGGACGGAGGCUACCUUCAGCCGUUCUCUUCCAAACAGCGACAGGCUCUCCUCCUGGCGGCGGGGGCAAAGGUCAUCGACAAGGAGGAGAAGAGGCAGCUUCACGCUCUGCGGCUCUCCAGGGAGGCCUGCGGCUGCGACUGUCGGGGCUUCUGCGAGCCGGAGACCUGCGCCUGCAGUCAGGCGGGCAUCAAGUGCCAGGUGGACCGCUUCAACUUCCCCUGCGGCUGCACCAAGGACAGCUGCGGAAACGUUCAGGGGCGCAUCGAGUUCGACGCCCGGCGCGUUCAGAGUCAUUACAUCCAUACGCUCAUGAGGCUGGAGCUGCAGAGGCGACUACGACGUGAAACGCUCAUCUUGGGGGAGCAGGCGGUCGUGACCGAGGAGCUCAGAGACUGUUCAGGACACAAUGAGUCCAGCGCAGAGCAGAGCACGCAGGAGAGCAGGUGUCCAUUCAGGUCCGGCCUGGAGGAGGACCUGCUUCCUUUCGCCAUGCCUGCCGUUCCUUCUUUCCGCUGCAUCCCGGACCAGCUGGUCGUUGAGGAGAACAGCUGCAGCAGCGACAUGUCCGAAUCCUCCCUCUCCUCCUCCGAAUGCGACGCAGGACAAUUCUUCAGCGGGACCCACACUCUUCCGGACAGAGAUGCAGAUUUGACCCAUGACUCCAGCAAUAAGAACUUCUUCUCGUGCGCCCAAAACCGGCACAGAUGCAGCUCUGCAAACGCAGAAGACGAUGACGACACACCACAUUCGCCCGUUGUGCUUGCAGACAACAUUGACGCCAGCAGGAACUAUCUCGACGAGAACGCCAAUCAAUCCAGAGACUUUUUCAACGAGGACUCUUUCGAGGACUUCCCUAACACGCCGUCUCCCACCAUGGGUUACUCUUUCAGUGGAUACAUGGACCUGAGCCUCUCCUCUGACUCCGACCUGGAGUUCUUCCACAGAGACUACCCCUCCGGACCGCUGCACAGCUCCUUCAAAGAGCACAGACACUCUGACAGCUUCCAGCACUUCCAGCUGUUCAGCUCGGUGAAUUUACCACCGCAGGAGUCGAGCACCCAGCUCCUAGAGUCUCUGAUUGGCUGAUUCAGACACUCUGCUUUCAUAGCCAAUUUCAUAAAACGCCCACAUUAGUGCUUUUUUAACAAAACAACUAUUUAUAAUAAUUUCUAAAUGCAAAGACCUAUUUUUCCCUAUGGAAUAUUAUUUUUGCCUGAAAGUUAUUUUCGAGAGAAAUCACACUUGAAUAAUUAGCUUAAUUUUUAUUAAUUCCUUAAAAUAAAAUUGUAAUGGGAUGUAUUUAAUUUAUACCAUGACCAACAAUAUCAUGCACAAAGUACGCAUAUGAACUGCAAUGCAUUAUCACAUGCAAUGAAGAACUAGGUGUUGUAGCAUAUUAAUUAAAACAGCAACUCUCUGGAUGAGGAUAAGCCGUGCUCUGCUGGAUUUGGGAAUCAUUCUCACAUCACUCUGAUUAUUUCCCAGAACAUACUCUGAGUACCUGUUUACUGGGCCGAUACGUAUUUAUUUAUUUAAUCAGUGAUUAUUUUUAUGAGUGGUAACUCAUAAAAAGGUGACAUAAUUAUUAACUGGUAAAAAUGGCAGAGUUUACAUCAGAAUAAUAACUAGUAUUGUAAUGGCAACAGUUCGAGUCGAUAAACAGUACUUUUCCUUUACCUUUGAGUGUAUGAAAGCAGUGGUGUGUCAGAUGGUCCUAUAGACUCCAUAUUUAAAGCUUUAUUUUUUUCUUUUUUUACAGCAGACAUUUUUAUUCCACAGUACAGAAAACAUCUUAUGGUUAGUAGCCUGGGCCGGUUAGCGGUUAGCCCUUUCAAUGAGACGCUUAUGAAAGUGCGAAGAGUGAAUUUUAGGCCUUGUACACACGUAGCCAGGUCUUUAUAAAAACGUAUAUCUCUACCACGUCGUUUAAAAAUCAUAUCGUACACACGGGAUCGGUUUCAGAAAAGUUUUCAACAAGAACCUACUCGUACUCAGUUCCGACCCGGAGCGUUGUUUUAACCACGCCAAACCCUUAGGGGGCAGUGUAGCGCAAAGUUAAAACAUAUCUGAGUUUACAUCUGCGAUUUCCUGUUAGGAAUCAAACAUGACGCCAGGGGGUUCAUUUAUGGUUUGAACCACUUUUAAAUAGCGUAUUUAGUUAAAACACAAGACGAUGUCGGUUGGGAAUCAAGUAUGUGGAUAUAUUUGCACAUUAUUUUUUCUCAGACUGUAAUGCGUGGGACCCAUGUCAAAUCUCUACUUUGGUCGGAGUUUGUAUAAACAAUUGUUUUUAAUAGUAUAAAACUGAGUUUUUGUGUAGAUGAAAGGCCAAAACGUAUGGAAAUGAAUUUAUUUCCCCGGAAAUCUGGCUACGUGUGGACUAUGCCUUUUUUACCCGCUGGCUUAAUAAAGGGUUUCCCUACUUUUUCUACUACUUGCUCAAAUAAGCUUUCCCGUUUUAAAGGAAAGUGCAUCAUAUUACACAUCUAGCAUACAUUUUUGUUGUUUAAAUGCCGUGACACUGUGGUGUUUUUGCGCAAGGUUAUUAUAUUGUGCGAAUCUCAUGCUGACCCAAGAUUAAUUGUUGCUUUAGUUCCUGUGAAGCAUUUCUGGUCCGUCUGUUUGAGCAAUACCAAAAACAAAUGCAGCCGGUGUACUUUUCCCCCCCGAUAUGUAAAUAUGUCGGCUGCUAUAAGCUCUGUAAUUCCUCCCGUUUCAGUGUUCUGUCGCAACCAUUGACGCCAUGUUUACAGCAGUGUCUAAUAAAAUCUGCUUCAGCUGUAGUGUUGACUUAUGUAGCUCUGUAAUUGUUCAGUGGAUAGUCAUGGAUUUUGUAUAUGAUGCAUAAUGUUUAGAGAUCUUUAAAUAAUAUAUUUGAAAAAAAAAUUGCCAAAUAUAAAUAUUGUGCUAUUGUUAACAGAGCAAUGAUUCAUUAAAACAAAUGUUUCCUUUUUUAAA